AUGGAACAUAAAAUAAACCUUGAUCUCGAUACCCUCGCCGAUAUCGCAGUGCCGCGGGAUCUGCGUAUCUCCCCAGACGGUACCCGUGUUGUCUACUCGUUACGACCAUUCACUCACAAGAGCGAAGUAACCACGUCUACGCUGUGGAUCGCAGAGAUUGGGAAAGAAAACAGCGCCCGCCAAUUUACUUCUGGCCUGUUCAAUGAUGAGGAUCCAAAAUGGUCGCCAGAUGGGGCGACUAUUGCAUUCAAAUCCGAUCGCGCCAAAGCUGGAAAAAGCUCCGCAAUCUACAUCAUGCCGCUUUCUGGAGGGGAGGCAUUCGCAAUCACUUCAAUUGAGCAUGAGAUCCACAUAGCCAAGUUUGAGUGGAGUCCGAAUGGCAAUUCUAUUGCGUUUACCCGCGCAGACGAGAAAACCGACGAAGAAACGCGCAAAGAGAAGGAGAAAGACGAUGCCAAAGUUUGGGGUGAGGAUUGGAAAUUUCGACGUCUUCGACUGGUUCAUUUAUCAACCAGAACUCUUGAGACAAUUGUCGGUGGCGAACAACAUAUCACGGACUUUUCUUGGAGCCCUGACGGCAAGCAACUGGUAUAUGUUGAUCAUGGUACCCCUGAGAUUCAUUCCCCAAUGCUCAACGGUGCCAAAAUUCAUGUUUUCAAUAUCAUCAAGAAAACCUCAGACAAGAUAGCGGACUUUCCUGGUUCUCUUGUGAAUCUUGAGUGGGAGGAGCGUGGAAUCUACUUUCUUGCUGCAGUGAUGCCGCAAUCGUGCGCUACGUCUAAUAAACUUUACAAGCUUUCUUUGGAAAAACGCUCCUGGAGCAGCUUUGGGAACUUUGGAGUAAUCGACUGCUGCGCCAAACUUCUGAAAAGUCAAUCCCAUCUGGCGGUUUCAGCACAGUGUUCGCUCGAGGAUGUACUUUACUCGCUUGAUAAUGAUGAUCUAACAGAAGUCUACCGUGCGAGGCAAGGGAUAUCGGAGUUUGAUGUCACUAAGAGUCAUGGGAAGACUCAGAUUGCCUUCAUAAAAAGCAACAGCUCCAAUCCAGAUGAAGUCUUCUCUGUGGAUACAGGUUCGGCAGAUCUGGUCAGAUUGUCGAAUCACAACACCUCGCUCGCAAGCCUUAAUAUUUCGAAGGCCCGUCCGGUCAUGGCAGUUGCUCCUGACCGUUAUCACGUGGAUGGUGUAUUGUUCCUUCCCUCUAAAUACAAAGAGAGUGAUGGUCCACUUCCCACUGUUCUUUAUAUCCAUGGAGGUCCUUACUUCAGACUGACAGAUAGCUUCUCAGUUCAUAUGCAUUAUGAGGUUCCGCUUCUAGUAUCUGCCGGAUACGCCGUCCUGUGUCCUAACUACCGUGGAAGCAGUGGACGGGGUCAAAAGCAUGCUGAAUUUGCUCGCGGCAAGAUGGGUGUCUUUGACUACGCAGAUUGUAUAACUGUGCUGAAGAAAACCAUUCAACAAGGCCUUAUUGAUUCCUCCCGCGUUUUAGUAGGAGGUUGGUCUCAGGGCGGGUUCUUAUCAUAUCUUGCCAUAACACGCCCCGAUUUCCAGUUUCGAGGGGCUAUCUGCGGUGCUGGUGUCUCUGACUGGGACUCAAUGGCCAUGAGUAGCGAUGCAUAUUGGUUUGAGAGAGAUCUAGCGGGGGGUGCUCCAUGGGACGUUGACGCCAAGAAUGGGCAAGAACUGAUGGAUGGAGAAGAUUUCGACAAACCGCUUCCGGAUGGAUCAAAGAAAUGGCUUAAAAGGACAACAGGCGGACAUGGCAGUGCUCUUUGGCAUAUGCGAAACGUUAAGACCCCAGUAUUGAUCUUUCAUGGGGAGGCUGACAUACGUGUGCCCUUCUUCCAGGGAGUUGCUUUCUAUAGAGCAUGUAUACAUAACAAUGUGCCAGUCACGAUGGUUUCCUACCCUCGCGAGGGCCAUAUCUUCACUGAGAGGAUGCAUAUCAUUGAUAUGUGGAAGCGGAUCUUGCAUUUUGCAGAUUUGCAUCUCCAAUGA